UCACCAUCUUCCUCGAGAAGCUUUUGCCAAAAUAACUACACACCUCCGCCAAAAAAAUCCACUAUUUCAAUUCCACUCCUAAUUUCUACUAUCCAGACAAUUCACCAACUGAUUUUGCAGUAUACGGGGAUCUACCCCUGAAGUGCGUGCAAUUGGAGCACCGUUUGAAACACAAUGCUGGAAAGCAAGCAAGCAGCAUACGAUGACCCUUCCAAUGCGUUUGUAGGAAUUCGAUUCGUUCUCCUCGGGUUCGACUCAGUUAGAGAAGAUGAGGUCCGGUCGAAGCUUUUAGAAGGUGGGGGAGUUGACGCUGUGAAUUACGGGCCGGAUUGUAGUCACGUGAUCGUCGAUAAGAUUGCUUAUAGCGAUCCCAUAUGCGCUGCUGCACGAAGAGAUGGCAAGAUAUUGGUGACUGGACUAUGGGUGGAUCACAGUUUUGAUGUGGGAACGGCUAUUGAUCCUGUGUCUGUCAUGUAUUGUCCACCAAGAGAUCUGAAUGGGAUUCCAGGUGCCAAAUCUCUGGUUAUGUGCCUGACUGGAUAUCAAAGACAUGAUCGAGAUGAUAUCAUGAAUAUGGUUGCAUUGAUGGGUGCCAAUUUUUCAAAGCCAUUGGUGGCUAACAAGGUUACUCAUCUGAUAUGCUACAAGUUUGAAGGGGAGAAAUAUGAGCUUGCCAAGAAGAUGAAGACGAUGAAGCUAGUUAACCAUCUCUGGUUAGAAGAUAGCCUGAAGGCUUGGGAGCUGCUUCCAGAAGCUGAUUAUGCUAAAAGUGGAUAUGAGUUGGAGAUGGAGGCUGAAGCUAAAGAUUCUGAAGAUGAGACAGAAGACAUGGCUUCAGUUGAUCUGAAGAAGAAAGGCAUCAUCAGUCCUCACAAUAUACAAGUUGAGAAUAAAAAUUUCCAUCAGUCACCUGAACGGCAGGGGCUUUCAAGAACCAGUGGCUAUGUGACUGCAUUUGAAAGUUUUGCAAAUGUUGGAAAUACCAGCAAAACCCACUCAACCCCUAGAAAAGAGAAUACCUGCAAAACCCAGUCUACUCCUCGAAAAGAGACCAACUUUGGAAAAGCAUCAUUAUCUCGUGAUACGUCAAACUCUUCUUGUGCCAGGAGUCCUGCUAAAAUGUUUUCUGGGGUGCCAUCAAACGUGCCCGAUGGUACAACAAACUCGGAAAACAUUGAGCAUGUCUUAGCUUCAGUAUCUGGAAGUGCUAAGAAGUCCGUUGAUGGUGGCUUGUCCAAAUUAAGUAGCAAGAUGAAGAAGGCCUGUCUCCCUUUGAGGUCAGAAAGAAUUGAAAGUAAUUCAGGCAGUCCUUUGUCAAAUGUUAGUGAAACCAGACUUCAUGGAGGUUUGGACAUACCAACGGAGAGAGAUCUGGAUGGGACUGAUUGUCAUGGCAUCAGAUCACCAUUGAAGGGAAGCUUGUUGCUCCCUAAUGAGGGGCAAACCGUUGGCUCUGCCAGUAAGAAGAAACCAACUGUUCCCCGUGGUAGUUCGAGAUCACCAGUUUUAAGCCAUUCCGCAAAAACAUUAAUCAGAAGUGGAUUGGCUACAAAGCCGAUGGAAAUACCAGUUUCUAGAUCUUCAGUUGAUGGUUCAUGCCGGUUAGCCUGUGAUAUAUCUCCGAUUAAAGGUAGUAGCUUUUUGAGGCAAGAAGUUACUGGUGGUUUUAUCAUGCCAUCAGAGAAAAUUCAAGAUGGAACUGGAUCUGCUGGAAUAAAGACUCCUGUAAAGGGAACCGUUUUGCACCUUGAUGAGGAACAAACAAGCAGUUUGCCUGGUACGAAGAAGAUGACUGUUUCACGUAGUGGUUCAAAAUCAAGAAGGCUAAGUCGUUCUCCAACUACAGGAGCUAGCUGUUUGAGGGAAGAAGUUGGUGGCGGUUUUGUCCUGCCAUCAGAGACCAUUCAAGAUGGAACUGAAUCUACUGGAAUAAUGACUCCUUUACAGGGAGCCUUGUUGUACCUUGAUGAGGAACAACCAAGCAGUUUGCGUGGUACGAAGAAAAUGACCGUUCCACGAAGUGGUUCGAAAUCAACAAAGCUAAGCCGAUCUCCAAAUAUAUUAAUGGGAAGCGGAUUGGAUACAAAUCCAAUGGAAAUGCCGGUUUCUGGAUCUUCAGUUCAUGGUACACAUCAAUUAGCUGCUGCUGUUCCCCCCACAAAUGUUAAUAGUUCUUUGCGGGAAGAAGUUGGCGAUGUUCUUAACAUGCCGUCUGAGAGGGAUGAAGAUGGAAUUAAAUCUGGUGGAGUAAAAACUCCUUCAGAGGGAGCCUCGUUGCACCAUGACGAGGAACAAACCAGCAGUUUGCCUGGUAGGAAGAAAAUGUCUGUUUCACGUAGGAACUCCAAAUCAACGAAACUAAGCCGUUCUCGUAAGACAUUAGCGGGAAGUGUAUUGGAUACAAAAGCGACGGUAACUCCAGUGUCUGGAUCUUCGAUCCAUGGUUCACGUCAAUCAGCUAUUGAUACAUCUCCUCCCAAAAAUAUUACCAGCCAUUUGAGAGAGGAAGUUUCACUGGCAUCCAAAGAAGCUUUAGCAAUUACUACCUCACUAGAGGAAAAACAAGAGUGCAAUGAUCAAACUGUUAAAUCUUCUCGAGGAAGACCCAGAAAGCGGAGUUUGCCCGAUUCUGAUGUCAAGGACCUUUCUCAGAGCAGGAACAAAUCUUGCACUGUGGGAGAACAAAUACAUCAAAGUGAUCCACCAGAUUUCAGACCCCCAUUUCCGAGUACAAGCUCUACUGUGGAGAACUCUUCAAAGGUAGAUCGUAGUGGCAUCAAAUCAAAAUCCCCAAAGAAAAAUAUGCUUGCCAGGAAGACAUUGGGUUCCAAACCAACUAUCUGUAAAGGAAAAACUACAAAACAUAAAGGGCUGCUGUCUGCUGUAUUGCAGAAUAUGGUCGCAGGUCAUUCGAAUGGAGCAGUAGCUAUUGAGGACACGAACAAUGCUUCUCUUGCUGAGAAAUUUGUCACUGUCUCUUCAAACCCCAAUGAAGAUGUACCUGUAGGUGAUGAGACUGAAGCUCCAGUAUGCGAAGGGCCGAAUGAGUUUGAUAUGGGGAGUAAGAAUUUUGUGGAAGUCGAAGAACCUCAUACAAGAAAGCAACCCAGCAAGAAAACCACACAAAGGAAGGAGGCAAAAUCGAAGGUUAAGAAGAGCACUGAAGCUAAAAAAUUGGCAGAGUUGCCAGAAUCAAAAUCAACAGGUGAUGUUGCAGAGAAAAAAAUAUCUGAGGGCAAGAAACGUCCUUUGGCUAAAUCUAAGAUGAAUAAGUUGAAGGAUCCUGCAGAGGAGACCAAAGAAGAUGAGAAGAAGACUGCCUCAAGCAACGAAGAAAUGGUUGUGUUGGCUGGUAAAACCAAUAAAAGACCAUCUAAGAAACUAAAAGGUUCACAUGAUGUGGAGAAGGAAAAUGAACCUGUUACAAAUGAGCAACCACUUGUAAGCUGUGAUACGGGAGCAACUGGAAAGUCUACUCCUCAUAAACUCAAAAAGCCUCUUAAAAGUGCCAGUAAAGUCGACAAGGUCAAUACAGAGGAUCUAACCACGAAGACUGAAGCUCCAUGGUUCAUAUUGAGCGGGCAUAAGCUUCAAAGGAAGGAGUUUCAGCAGGUUAUAAGGCGAUUAAAAGGCAAAGUAUGCAGGGACUCUCAUAAUUGGUCAUAUCAAGCAACACAUUUUAUUGUCCCAGAUCCUAUUCGAAGAACUGAAAAGUUCUUUGCAGCUGCUGCAUCUGGAAGCUGGAUUCUCAAAACUGAUUAUUUAACUGCUAGCACCGAGGCUGGGAGAUUUUUGUCUGAAGAACCAUAUGAAUGGCAUAAGAAAUGCUUGACUGAAGAUGGAGCAAUCAACUUGGAAGCUCCAAGGAAAUGGCGUCUUCUGAGAGAGAGAACUGGUCAUGGUGCGUUUUAUGGAAUGCGUAUAGUCAUAUACGGAGAGUGCAUUGCUCCGCCACUGGAUACAUUGAAGCGUGUAGUGAAGGCCGGAGAUGGGACCAUACUAGCAACCUCGCCCCCAUACACACGGUUUCUAAAUACGAAGAUUGAUUUUGCCAUUGUUAGCCCGGGCAUGCCCCGUGUUGACAUGUGGGUGCAGGAGUUUCUCAGACACGAGAUACCCUGCAUUCUAGUCGACUAUUUGGUAGAGUACGUGUGCAAGCCCGGUUACUCCCUCGAUAAGCAUGUGCAAUACAACAGUCAUGCUUGGGCGAAGAGAUCACUCGAGAAUCUGGUUAACCGUGUGGAGGAGGCUGUCGAGGACCCUAAGACACCGGAACAGCACCGCGUUGAUGAUGCAGCGUGUGAAGUGUGUGGGUCCCGUGGCAGGGGAGCCGAAAUGCUUAUAUGCGGUGAUGAAAGUGGUACUCGCGGAUGUGGUGUUGGUACCCACAUUGACUGCCUUGAUCCUCCGCUUGAGGCCGUGCCAGAGGAAGACUGGUUCUGCCUCGACUGCUGCCGGAAAACUGGCAGCCGGAGUUCAAAGAAACGAGCCAAGAAAUCGAAGAAGUGAUCUGUCCAGUGAUUCUUGAAAUUCUUGGAAGGUUAGGCUUAGGCCCCAUUUAUGUUUGGCAUAAGCUUUGGAACAUUCUGAAGUAGCAAAAGACUAUAAAGAUUACUGAAUAUUGCUAAAAAGUCUUAGCAUGUAUUAGUUGUUGUAAUGUACAGAUAGUGAAGAUGCAAAGCCCUUAAAUUAUUGAA